AUUUGUUUUUAAUCAUUUUCUGGGUUUUCUUUUAAAGGAAAUUUCAUGUCGUCUUGUGAUUGGCUGUCACGUCAAUUCUGCAUAAGUCGAUUUCAAUUAAUAUUGUCUUGGUAAUAAUAGGGAUUGUCUUCUAACAAUCCGGUUUAAAACUAAGUUAUAUUGUCUUCCCUUAUUACGUCACAAUCGAAGACAAUUUAACGCUCGGAUUAUUUUCGCGCAUGCGCGGAUUUGUUUUCAACUUUAAUUACGCCAUGGUCAUCGCGAUGACGUAACAAUAACUUACACAAGCCCCUAAUUCAGGCACAUUGUGAUUGAACAAUGUUAAUAUUUUAACACCUUUUAUUUGUUUCUGCGAUUACGCUAGCAAAGAUCAAAACAAAACAAUUUUUAUUUUUACUUGAAACAUUUUGAAUAGUUUGAUUUUUACUAUCGUAUUCGAAAUAUUUAAAUUUAUAAUAUUCAACUUUUGUUCCAGAUCGCUCUUCUUGGCGUGACGUCACUGAGCCUUUGCGCGAUCGCGAUUGAUCGAUUUCGCGCUUCCGGUCACGUGACGAAGUCGUACGAGAUCCGGCGCGAGUCUUGGACUUCGGGAAUUUGUAAAAUAAUCCUGGUUUGGAUUAUUUCUGGUCUACUAGCUGCGCCGGAACUUCUUCUACGCGAAGUCGUCGUCACUUCCGUUCUAGCGGUCGAGUCGAAUCGAUUGUCUGUUUUCAACGCCGAGCCUAUGAUUGUGACGUCACAGGAGUACGUCGAGAUGCGUCGAAAAGAAGAAUUCAAUUUUCCCGAUCUAACAAAGGCGGGAUUGUUACGUGAUGAAAAAGCAAUCCCCGCGAAAAUAUCAACAAGUUUAUUCCCGAAUCAACAGAAUUUAUCUCUCGUUGUUCGUUAUGACGUAUGUGUGGACGGUAUGACGUCAUGGAAGACAAAAUUUCCGCCUUUCAUCGGAACUUUCAUGGAUUAUUACGUCACAAUACGGAACUGGUGGUGUCUCGCGUUCUACUUCUGCGUCCCAGUUUUUCUCUCUCUGAUCCUCGCUAUCGUCAUAUCGCGACGUCUGACGUCAUCAGCUCAUGACGUCACAAGCCCGGCGUUGACCGCGUACUGUACAACAGAAGGCGACACUUUAACAAGCCAGCGAGGACCUGACGAUAGAACGCCAGUUUUGGAAGGACCAAGUUACCAAAGCGGGAGCUUGUUAAGCAAUAAAACGCACACAAGUGAGUCGUAUCAACACCGUAAUGCAGCCAUGGAUCGCCCGCACGGGUCAAGUCGUCAGCAGCCACGAUUGUCACCAUUAUACUCUAGUGAGGAUCUUACAGAACCGGACAGAAGCCCCCUUGUCAUCCAUUCUAACGGUAGUAUUCGAACUAUUAACUCACAUAGCAGAGUACCUGGAUGUGAGAUGACUCCGCAGUCGCCACUGUCACCAUUAUCGCUAGCAUGCGCCUCAGGGGUGUCUGUUCUUUCCCUUGCAAUGUCAAAUACCUGCGGUGGGACGUUAGGCAACUCCUCGCUUCCCCCUCACGGGCAUCGAAGGAGCAUCAAACGUCGAACAAGCAAAGCCGUGAAAACAACACUAGCUAAUAUCUCAAGGGAGCGGUCAUUUAACUCUCUGAUUGUAACUCUUGUACUUUGCUAUAUGAUCACACAACUACCGCAGCUCAUUGUCGCCAUCUUGCGGACAGAAACAGACGUGUUAAAAAUCCUUGAGCCGUACUAUGUCUCCCUACUAAAAGAUUUGUCGCAGUAUUUCUUUACUUUGACAUUUUCAGUGAAUCCAGUUGUACUUUUCUUCAGUUACAAAGCAUACAGAAGAUUCUUAUCCAGAAAAUGCUGCCAUUGUGCCUAAGUUUGCACUACAGAACAGAUUUAAGACAAUUUCAAAAACCUAGACAUUUUAUGACAGUGGAUUUAAACUAUUUUUUUCAGAUCGUAUUUUUAAGCCUAGGCGCCAAACCUGGGGUGGUAAGGGCACAUUUUACCCUUAAAUUUAUAACUUGUCUUAAAAUACUGGGUAAGAUUAUAAUUUAAGCUGUAAUGUGUAUUACAUGUUUUUAUAAGUAGUUUCAAAGGGUAAUGUUUAAGUUCUUGGUUUAGAGGAAUAUUAAACUACCCCCUUGCGGCCUAUCCAAUAUUAAUUUAACUUCACAUAUAGGUACGAAAAAUGAGUAUUUACAAAAGAGUAAACUGCUUCCAAACCACAUGUUUUACAUGGUUAAUUGGUUAGUACGUUAUGUAAUUUUAGUUUAAAACAGAUCUUAUAUUAUAUAACACCAAUAUUUGUAAAGGUAUGUAUUCAAUCAAUUAUGUUAAGUUUUUGGUUUCAAAAUAUUUGUUUGUAAUUUCAUUUAAGGCAAAAAUAAUGACAUACAAGACAAUUGUGUUUUCUAUUGUCGUUACUUUGUAGAAUGUAAUGCUUAAAAAUUGCUCUUCUGGUAAAAAUUGUUUUUUUGGCACUAAUUAUUGUUGUUGUAUUAUCUGCCAUACUGAAAGAUUUUUAAAUUUCGUUGAUAUUCUAUUCCAUGUAAGUUUGUGAGUGAGGCAUGCAAAGGGACCUGAGGUUUAUGCCAGAGUUGGCCCAUUACCCCAACAUUGUAUGUGCACACUCUAUUCUAUAUGGGUGAGGUCCUACAGUGAGGCAUGCCAUGGGACCCGAGAUUUAGGCCAAAGUUGGCCCAUCACCCCUAAAGUUAAAAUAUCAUUGCCUGUUGAUGUCUUGCUAGUUGGCGCACACAAUUUGAGCGAUAAAGUUUAGUUUUUUACCAGAAGAUCAAUUUUUAAUAAAUGUGUAUUUGUGAAAUUCUUUCUUCAUUCAAUCUUUGUUUGUUUUUGUUCCUGUUACUUUUUAUUAUUUGUGCGAAACGAACAUUAUACCGAAUAAAAACUGAAUUAAAAUCAAA